GUCUGCUGCAGCCCUUGCCUUAUGCUCUCUGGUUUAUUGAACUCUUCUCUCAUUGGGUCUGUGCAAGGAAUUCUCACACUGGUGAUACUUUCUGCAGGCAUUGAAAUUAGACACAGGUCUUCUGCACUGGAACAACGUGUACUUUUGACUAGGGGUUAAUGACAUAGGGAAUAACACAUUUUAAUAGCUAGUUAUGGCUGUCUAUGUGCAUCUGUAGCUCUUAACCUCAUGUUUGUGUGUGUUUUCAGCCCUCCUAUAUUCCUAUCAUGCAUAUGUAUGCAUCUGUUUAUUUUAUAAUAUAUAAAAAUACAGAGUGAUAGAAUGGGAAGGGACCCAUAAGGAUCAGGGAGUCCAGUUCUCUAAGCUAUUUAUUUAUGUGUGUGUGCAAGUAGUUUAUAGCUAAAUUAACCCUAAAUUCUCCAUGGGACUUCUCUGCUUUCACCCUCCUUGUAUUGAGGCAGUGUAUGAACGGUCAUAUGGCGUCUGCAUCCCACUUCUGACAGGCCCAUAAGUUGCAGUCCUGCAAGGGAAAGCUCUCUGAGACCACCUGAAAGCACUUCCCUUGAUGUUUAAUGCUUGGGGAGGAUGGGCAGAGUAUCCUGUUCUAGAAGACCUGGUCUGUGUGUGGCCCCCACAAGCAUGGGAACGAUUUACAUCCGAUCCAAGAAUUUUCUCUCUUUCUCCGAAGCGCGUCUCGAGCGAAACCCCGCCGCGGAGAUGGACACGGACGGCUUUGGGGAGCUGCUGCAGCAGGCAGAGCAGCUGGCAGCCGAGACAGAGGGGAUCUCGGAGCUGCCUCACGUGGAGCGGAACCUGCCGGAGCUCCAGCAGGCCGGGGAGCGGCUGCGCUCCCGCGCGCUGACCCGCACCUCGCAGGAGACCGCCAACGUCAAGGCGUCUGUUCUUCUGGGGUCUAAAGGGCUUGACAUACCCCACAUUUCUCAGCGACUUGAGAGCCUGAGUGCAGUCACCACGUUUGAGCCCCUCGAGCCUGUGAAGGACACUGACAUCCAGGGGUUCCUGAAAAAUGAAAAAGAUAAUGCAUUGCUGUCUGCCAUUGAAGAGUCCAGGAGGAGGACAUUUGCUAUGGCUGAGGAGUAUCACCGAGAAUCCAUGCUGGUGGAAUGGGAACAGGUGAAACAAAGGAUUCUUCAUUCUCUGCUUGCAUCAGGGGAAGAUGCUCUCGAUUUCACCCAGGAAAACGAGCCCAGCUAUGCUGGUGAGGUGGGUCCUCCAGGGCGCAGCUCUUUGGACAGUGUGGAGAUGGCUUAUGCUCGUCAGAUUUAUAUUUAUAAUGAGAAGAUUGUGAAUGGACAUCUGCAGCCUAACCUGGUGGACCUUUGUGCUGCUACUGCAGGACUGGAUGAUAAGAACAUCUCCGAGAUGUGGGCCAUGGUGAAACAAAUGACUGAUGUCACCCUGGUUCCUGCCAGCGAUGCCCUGAAGGUCCGGACCAACAUGGAGGUGCGCAUGGAAUUCGUGAGGCACGCGCUGCACUACCUGGAGCAAAGCUACAAGAACUACACCUUUGCGACGGUCUUUGGGAACCUGCACCAGGCUCAGCUGGGUGGGGUGCCGGGGACCUACCAGCUGGUGCGCAGCUUCCUGAACAUCAAACUGCCCGCGGCUGUCCCGGGGCUCCAGGAUGGUGAGGUGGAGGGGCACCCUGUGUGGGCACUGAUUUACUACUGCAUGCGCUGUGGAGAUCUGACUGCAGCCAUGCACGUGGUGAAACGGGCACAGCACCAGCUGGGAGAGUUCAAAACCUGGUUCCAGGAGUACAUGCACAGUAAAGACAGAAGACUAUCUCCUACCACAGAAAAUAAACUGCGUCUUCAUUACAGACGAGCCCUGAGAAACAACACUGACCCGUACAAAAGGGCUGUUUAUUGUAUCAUUGGCCGCUGUGACGUUACAGACAACCAGAGUGAAAUUGCUGAUAAAACAGAAGAUUAUCUUUGGCUAAAACUGAACCAGGUGUGUUUUGAUGAUGGUGGUGCGAGCUCCCCACAAGACCGACUAACGUUAUCACAGUUCCAGAAGCAGCUGCUGGAAGACUAUGGUGAAUCCCAUUUUGCAGUGAACCAGCCGCCUUUCCUCUACUUCCAAGUGUUGUUCCUGACAGCCCAGUUUGAGGCUGCGAUCGCUUUCCUCUUCCGCACGGAGCGCUUGCGCUGUCACGCUGUUCACGUUGCUCUGGUCCUGUUUGAGUUAAAACUGCUCCUGAAAUCUUCUGGCCAGAGUGCACAGCUGUUAAGCCAUGAAGCCGGGGACCCUCCUGGUGUCAGACGCCUGAACUUUGCACGGCUGCUGAUGCUUUACACCCGUAAGUUUGAAUCAACAGAUCCAAGGGAAGCCCUGCAGUAUUUUUACUUUCUCAGAAACGAGAAGGACAGCCAAGGAGAGAACAUGUUCCUGCGCUGUGUUAGUGAAAUAGUGAUUGAAAGCAGGGAGUUUGAUAUGAUUCUUGGAAAGCUGGAAAAAGAUGGCAGUAGGAAGCCUGGAGUGAUAGACAAGUUUACAAGUGACACAAAAUCCGUUAUUAACAAAGUGGCUUCUGCAGCAGAAAAUAAAGGAUUGUUUGAAGAAGCUGCAAAACUCUAUGACCUUGCAAAGAACCCUGACAAGGUUUUAGAGCUGAUGAACAAGCUCCUGAGCCCAGUUGUUCCCCAGAUGAGCACUCCCCAGUCGAACAAGGAGCGGCUGAAGAACAUGGCCCAUUCCAUUGCUGAGAGGUACAAAGCGCAGGGGAUAAGUGCAAAGAAAUCCAUUGACUCCACGUUCUACCUUCUGCUAGACUUAAUCACAUUUUUUGAUGAAUAUCACGCUGGUCACGUUGACAGGGCCUUUGAUAUUAUUGAGCGCCUGAAGCUCGUACCUCUUAACCAGGACUGCGUCAAGGAGAGAGUUGCUGCCUUCCGGAAUUUCAGCGAUGAAAUCAAGCACAAUUUAUCGGAGGUCCUGCUUGCAACCAUGAAUAUUUUAUUCACCAAGUAUAAGAGGAUGAAAGGCACAAGCCCAACCACUCCUGCCAGACCUCAGCGGGUAAUGGAAGACAGAGAUUCGCAACUUCAGUCCCAGGCCCGUGCUCUGAUCAUGUUUGCUGGGAUGAUCCCGUACAGAACGUCGGGAGACACCAACGCCAGACUGGUGCAAAUGGAGAUCCUUAUGAAUUAGAGCAGCUCUGGCUCGGGGCUGCAGCAGCCCCUGCCUGUCCUUAGUGCGUUCAGAGGGCCCGUGGGACCAGUGUCAUUUUGUAUUCUGUAUUUUUGUUGAUGGAAAUAAAUUUCUUUGGUUUUGA